AUGACCUCUUCAUCUUCUCGCGUUCACGACGAGUCGUUAACAGUGGAAGUACUCCGAGUGUUGCGAGAUGCGAUACAAAAACGGCCAAACUUGUUCAAACGCGGAGACACGUUUUCGUCGUCGGCGGCGGCGACGGUGUUUUUGCGCGUGUUUCCUCUGACGUGCGCAGUAUCGUCUUCUUUGGAAACGAAAAGAGUAGCGUUGGAGUUGGCGUCCAAAUUGAUGCAAUUCAUUGCCGUGGACGAUAGGGAAGGGUGGAUUGCUUUAUGCUUAGGGGCGUCGAGGGCGGUAGAAGAUGCGAGAGAGGGGUUAAUUUUACAGCGAGAAAGAUUGACGGCGACGGAGGCGAGUUCUUCAUAUUAUAAUAACAACAACAAUACGAACGUGGCGGAGUACGUCGCUUCGUCUUUUGCGGCUAUAGUGGAACAUUUUGAGAUGAAGAUUAUAGAUGCUGAUUUUGAAGGAAAGGAAAAUAGCAGUGAUGUCACCGUUAAGAAGAAGAAGAGUGCGGAAGCGCUGCGCAAUGAAGAGUUUCUCUCUGGUUUGAAACGCUCGGCGUGUAUAUCUUUGGACCUUUCGAAAGGCGUCUCUGCGAUGCAUCUCUUUGUCAACGCAGCUUUGCAAGUCGUUUCCUAUACAUUCAAGGUAUCGCCGCAAAUUGCGAGCACGAUGAUCACGCCACAAACUAUCGAUGCGAUUGUAGAUUUGAGCGCAUAUGCCGGUUCAUAUGAAGUUCGUUCGAACGCGUUGAAGUGCGCAAAGUCGAUUUCCGUAGAAUUUUACGAAAAUAUCGGUCGCGAAGAUUUUGCAAUUGCAGUUACGCUGAAUGUUUUACACUAUUUUGAUCCCAAUGAUGAGCAUACUAGUAAUCUCGACGUUGUGCGAAUGUGUCUUCAAACUUUGCAGCAGCAGCAGAGUAGUAAUACUAGUAGCGUAGUAGAUCAGAAACCGUCCUCGCACACAAUCGUCGACAACGUCGCGAGGCUCGUGGAAGCGCUCACAAAGUGCAUCACCGUCUGCCAAUCUCGAGAGGUGAGAGAAAUUUUACUCGAGGCUCUUUUACUCGUCGCCACUUGCGCUGAUAAAGAAGAAAAACGAGUGAGCUCGCUCAGACGAAGGAGAAGCGAAAACAAAAAACGAAGGAAUCAUCAACAACAACAAGUCUCGUCUUCAGCGUCGGAUACAAUCGGUGUGUUAUGCUCGAGAGCGUGUGCGUCCAUUAUGCAUUGCGCGGUCACUAGAGAUGGUUCGAUGCCUUUCUCUGGAAUACUUGCAAUUGCCAUGCGAGCGCCACAUCAAUCAGGAAAAAUAGGAAGAAACAACAAUGUCGGCAGAAAACAAAGUGGGAAGGAAUUUAGCGACGAAGAUACCGAUUUUGAAGACCAAGCAUUUUUUAGAGAAGAAGCAGCAGGGAAUAUCGCAAAUUUGGAUGUUAUAGACGAAGAAAAGCAGCGUCAAAUAGCAGCUGCGAAAUGGACUGAGUCAUGCGUGAUAUCAAUGCUAGAACAGCUCGGCUUACCCCGAAAGAACACAGAUCCAGAUUCUCCCGGAGUGUGGAUUCCAGACGCACGCGUCCAGGCAGAAACGACAAGUUUCAAUAGCGGUGCGAACGAUAUAAAAACGCUCGAAAGGAUUGGUGCCAUUGUAACCCUUGCUAAAUCAGCUGCAAUGUCUGAUUCAGCCGAUGAAGCGAGAGCGUGUUCUGAGAAAUUCAUCUCGACGUGGUUGCAAUGGUUCGGAAAAAAUAAGAAUCCAAGAGAUAAAAGUUCGAGCGCAGCAGUUGCGAUUAAUAGAGAUAGCGUCGACAUCGAAACUGUAGCUCUCGCGAGAGAAAAAUUCUGCGCAUUCACGAUGCUUUGCGAUGCUGCAACAGCUUUACUUCUCGCUGCGACGACAAAGAAGCGACGAAACGAUGACGAAGAUAAGUCCAAUCAAAACAUGGAUGUGAGCACCACCCGAGGAUCGCUGAUAAAUGAUGACGAUUUCUCGCUGCUCAAUGUGCAUGAUAUUACUCCAGACGUCGUGUUAUGGCCGUACACAAGGUACGUGAAAGAUCCGCACGUCAGCUGGGUUCUGCUGAACGCGAGCAAGUUCACGGACAAUAGCAAAGAACGACGCCACGCUAGGGCACUUCUUGAUAGUACGACAAAGUCUAAGAUUGCAUCCGUAGCGCUAGCGAUCACUUUCAUCGCGACGACUGAAAAGUCGAGUGGAACAAUAGUUUCUGCUGAACUUGCAAAGCGCGUGUUGCAGCGCGCCGUUGUAGACGAAGACGAACGAGUGAAGUCAACGGUUGUCAUGGCUUUACCGUUCGCCAAAUUUUUUGCAGAGAGAUUUUCACCCUCGAGUCAAGCUUUAGGGGAAUUGACGAAGAAAGCGAUUGAUAUGACUCGCGAAGAAGCGAAUAAAGGUGUAUCUGACGCUGCAGAACGGUAUGAAAUUCUAGCAGCAAAAGCUAUCGCGGCGAUGGCGAUUGGUGUUAAUUACGACCUCGGAUCUCUCGCAGUUGCCCUAUCUCUGAGCGACACUUUGAUAGAGAAAAGUAACGAAAACAACAAUAGUAACUCCAGAACGGCUUAUAAAAGCUACGAAGUUGAUCUCGAGCGUUUGCGUAAUUCCUUGACGUCUAAAGCUAUCUCAGCCGUUCGACUUGCUUCGGAAAAAAAGUAUGAAGACUUGGAAUGCAUUUGCGAGUCCAUUCAUUCGGUUGUGAAUAUCAACCUAGUGAGCGCUUCAGAAACUCGGCGCAAGAUUCUGAACGCCUUGUUUGCGAGAGUAUCGCAGCAAGAUAGGGGAUCGACAGAGUCGCGAGAAAAUCACUACUUUCAGAACAAUGUCUUCCGUAUCGCAUCUUCCGAUAUGGUUGACCAUCAGCCAUCCAAAUCCAAGACGCCAUCGAGGGGUCGAACGUCGCGUGCAAAAGCAAUGAGUGAACUCGAAGUACAAAAAAUGCCUUUCUUGCGAGAUGAGCUCGAAAAAUUAUGCAUCGAAGAAUACUCUGAAAUUUUUUCAAAUUUUCUCGUCUGCGACGACUGUCCUGAAAUUAAUGAGGCAGAAGAUGGCACAGAAGAGGCGAAGAAGCAACGCAUGGCUGCUUGGAGGAACAAUAAUGUCGAUAAGAAGUGGGAAGCGGAUGCAAUCAAAGUUGCGGUUUCCUCCUUACGAAGAGUUUUAGAGACCUCGUUAACGUGCGGUCCAGAUUUUCUCGAUCGAAGACGUCGAAAAGAAAAGGAAACUUUUGCUCUAUUUGGGACCAAUAAAUUGAUUGGAUACGCGUGGCGAUUAGCACAUCACGAGAGCCCAAGCGUAAGAAAAGCUGUCCUUGAUGCAACGCGUAUAUUUUCUCGGCGUGAAAUUCUCCUCGAAGAUGCUCUCGUAAACGGGGAGAUCGAUCUUUCGACGUUUUCCUUUCGAGCGAUGAAAAUGAUGGCGGAAAAUCUGAACAGCUUGAAUUUGCGCAGGCAAUCGAGUUUGAAUGUAGCUUUACUUUGGGGCGGUGCGCCGUCAGCCAUGAAUCAAAAUCCAAUCCACAAAAUCGAGAUUGAGGCGUCUUUAAAAUUGCUCCGACAUCUGAAAAUCGUCGUGGACGAAGCGCCGACGGACACUGCACGAGAGCUUUCUUUGCGUGUUUUUUCGACCGCUGCUAUGACCGUUCCAGCAAGACGGGACGCGUUGACGAUUGAAGCUAUGUUCUGCGUAAAACAUAUCGUUCCAAACUCUGGGGAAAGUUUACUCACGGCAUCGACUGCUGCUCUUCUUUUGCACACUCUGGCAAAGAAACGUGAUAUUCGACCAAAGGAGCUUUUGUUAGGAGACGCUCAAAUUGCAGAAGGUAUCGGAUGUAUUAUCCCUAAUAAUAAAGAAAUGUUGCGUACUCUUUGUGAGGCAGUCGUAGAGUGCUCAGAACGAGAGUUACUCGAUGCUCUUUUACCUGCGGCGUUCCCGACACUAGUACGUAAAAGGGAUAUCAAGACGUUGGGGGCGUACGCGAAAGAGCUUCGAGGAGAGAGAUCUGUCAAGUCUAUAGUGACUGAAUUCGCAUACGUCGUCAUUGCUGAUUUUCUUUCAGCUCGAGAUAAUGAAGCACUAAAGAAGAAUGCAAUCGAGUUUCUCGAAGAGCAGACAGGUUUAGAAAUAGAAACUCUGAUUGCGGAUAAUGCGUUGUAUCUCAUUAGGUGUUUGAUCAAAUCCGCGGGCGCUAAUGAGAAAGUACCAGAACCGGUGGUUUGCGCGAAAGAGUUGAAAACUAUGCUCCACGAUAUUGGCCGUUUGGCACUAGGUGAUGAGCAAUUCACCACCUUACCAGAUUUCUUGCGAGCUCACUUCACCGCUGUGGAAAUGCUCAUGUACGAACCAGAUGAGAAGAGAAACGAAGUGAUCCAUCGCAGAUUUCUGAAAUCGCUCGCGAUCAUGGUCAUUUUAAUCCAAGAUCAUUUGCCUCAAUUUGCACCAAAAGUCAUGGCGCACUUUUCAGCCGCGCUUGAGCGCAAAAGUUUGCGCAAAGAUGCUCUCAGAGCGUGGUUGAUAUUUGUGCAAGUGAUUGCGAAGCACAGCAACGAGUACUUAUCGAGAAUCGCCGGUCAAAUUGUGGUCACGAUGUUACCGUAUUUACAGAAUAGCGAUCAGGAAAAUCAAAACAGCACUGAAUUCGAUGAAGGAAACGGAGAUGCAUCGAAAAAAAUAUCGAGCACUGCGAACUCUGCGACGACAGACGCUAAUCUAGCGGCAGCUGUUCUUGAUGAGCUCGUAUUGAAGGCUAUUUUACCAAAGCCGAUUUUGGCUUCGCUGCCUCUUUUGCCCAGACUGGAAAGACUGCGAGACUCGAACACGAAACUUGACGACGCCAGAAGAUCUAAUUUACUCGAAGAUAGUUUAGGAAUUCGACUACAAGCGUUGACGAACUCUUUGUCCCAAACAGAAAGUGCGGCGGUCCGAGAGACUGCGCUGGUGGAAAUAUAUCGCGCAUUAAGCAACCACGAGAACACAGAUGAAUUGAAUGCUCUCGUGAAAGGCUCGAGCGAAGGUGCAACCGCCGAUUCGGUCGUAGGUAAUCUCGGAUUUGCGCUGUUGAAGUCUUUUUCGCACGAUUAUUCAUCUACAGGCAGUGCAAAAAACGAGCAAGCCAGAGUACGCUCGCAAAGAAUGGCGGCAAAAUGCCUGGGCGAGCUCGGUGCUAUCGAUCCCGGUCGUUUAGGAAUUACCACCGAAUCUGUUGACUUGCAUUUGGAUACCAGACCUACAGAAGUUUCUCAAACUCUGCUCGUAGACCAUUUAGCUCGUAUGGUUCGCGGUGCUACCGAUGCUAUCAUGCUCGACGCCACGGCAUUCUGCGCACAAAAAGUCCUCAUAACGAGCGAGUGUAGACCGGCUGAAAUUGAAGAAGCCGCAACAUUUUUGUACAAUCAGCGUAAUAACUACGCUAUGGAUACCACUAUAUUACCGGAAGGAUCAACAAAGGACGGGGCUAAAUUCUGGUCGGAGUUACCCGAGGAAGCGAGAACCACGUUGGCUCCAUAUCUUACGACGAUUUACACCUCAAGUAGUAACAAGCAACUCCCUUCGACGCGUCCGAUAUAUGGAACGUCUUCUUCAGUCAACUCAUUCUCGAAAUGGAUUCAGCAGUGGUGCCGCGUAUUAGCCAUAGAAGCUCGCGGUCCGUGUGCGGAUUUAUUCGAGAAUUGUUUGGGAGUGUUUCGACACGAUACACGCCUGACGCUGUAUUUGCUUCCGCACAUGGUUUUAGAUGCUCUGACUGGGCAAACCAAAGAAGAGUACGCCAAUACGAACGAAGAUACCCCCAUUGUCAUCGAUAAUGAUGAUGGAGAUGAAACCGCACGAAUGCGAAGACUUUCCAUCGAGCUCGAAAUUUUAGCCGUGUUGAGAGACGCCGCUGGUAUAGUAGUUUCGGAGAAUGAGCAGCACGUGGUAAAUACGAGCAGAGGUGAAAUAUCCCCAAAUGAUGUUGUUGCAUUUUCGGCGUUGCGCUCGCAAAGGGGAAGAGACAACGCGCUCAACAGUAAGUCGUCUGCAUCAGGAGGCUCUGGUGGUAUCGCGGAAUUGGCGGCACAAGCAAUAUUCCACUUGCUUGACCAGCUCGAAACGUGGGUUGCGAAUGUACGUAUCUCUAGUACGAGACGUCAUUCAUAUGGCGCAAAUGCCAUGCACAAAAAUGCGCACUUUGUUCAGGAGUUCCUGGAGAAUAUUCCUAAAACGCUACUUGCAAAAGCGGCGCAGAACUGUGGCGCUUCAGUUCGUGCUCUCAGGUACUUUGAAGACCAUUGUCGUGCUCAGGGUGCGGUAUCCAAUCCUGCAUCGGCGAAUUUUUCGAAGACAAAGCUCGACAUGGCAGACGGCGACGUCUCAUUCUUAGCCUCGGUAUAUCAGGGCCUGGCUGAACCGGACCAGUUGUUGGCGUUGCCCAGAUUUCGCGCGCAACCAAAAGUGGAAGAUGAGCUUUUACGACACGAGGAAGCUGGGGAAUGGGAGGAGGCACUGAUUCACUACGAAUCUGAGCUUUCAAAGAAGACGCCAAAAUCAUCAUCUUCAAGUGAUACUUUAUCGCCUGCAGAAUGGGGAAGGCUUCGUUGUUUAAAAGGUCUUGGGCAUUUACGAACGGUGCAAAGAGAUUCGGAAACUCUGCUUGCGGCGCGUCGCUUCUCAAGAAAUCGCAAAGAAACAGCAGCGCUGGCAGAAUCUGGAGCAAACGCCGCGUGGCGAUUGGGCCGAUGGGAUGAUUUGGAGAGUUUAUUAACAAAGUUAGAUAACGAGAACGCGAGAAGAGGUGGUGGAAUGCACUCAUAUGAUGGUACUGUCACAACGACGGCGUCGUUAGAACACGUCAUCGGAUCUUCUCGCAAACGAAUUCGGAGCACUGCGGGUGGAGGAAUUCUCUCUUCGCGAUUACAUCGUCAUCAAGCGGUGAAUGUAUUUAACGAUGACGACGACGUGUCUGGAUUAUUGACGAAUCUGUCCUCGUCUGCGUUUAAUCCAAAAGCUCCUGCGGAUGGUGAUGCCGCUAUUGGACGCAUAAUGCUCGCCUUGACGCGAAAUAAUAACCGAAAUGGAGUAAACAAUUGCGAUGAAGUAGGUUUUCGCCGUGCGAUGAAAUCUGCGCGCGAUGCCGUCUUGGCACCAUUAGCUGCAGCAGCGAUGGAAGGGAGUUGGCAAAGAGCGCACCCGAGUUUGGUGCGGCUUCAUUUGUUGCAGGAGUGCGCAGCUGGCUUUGAAGCUGUCAAGUCUUUCCGCGAAGAGACGGGUAGAAUGCAAGUUGAACUUGCUCGACACAACGAAAUCCCCGCUUCUAGUAAGGGUAACACUAAUAACGCAUCGAGAAGUCGAUUAGCCGAUACAAGAACAACCGCGAAUCGAUUUCGAAUAUCUCGAGAGUCCAAAUCGGGUAUUCCUGUGGUCACUCAAACUGUACUCAACGCGUGGGAUGCGCGCUUAGAGAGAGUACCUGCUACGAUUCAGACGCGAGAGCCGAUCUUAGCUUUGCGACGGUGCAUCUACGGUUUACUUCACGCUGCACCUGCGCAAGCGAACGCGUGGUUGGCGCAAGCGCGAGCAUGUCGAACAGCUGGUCACCAUGGCGCCGCGCAGCUUGCACUCUUAGAGGCUAGAAAUUCUAUGCAACAAGUUGAAAGUGGUGCGAGUGAACGAACGACGAUUGGAAACAACGUUCGAUUAGCCUUGGAGCAAGCAAAGUUACUCUGGGCGGAAGGCAAGCAACACAAAGCAGUCAGCGAAAUUCAAGAAGUUCUCGGUUUCACCGAUGAAAACAACAACAGCUCUCGUUCGGGAGGUAGUACGACGACCAUAACUGAGGACAUACUGGCCGAAGGUGAUGAAGACGCCAAGAUCUUGGCAAAAGCGACGCUUAAGCUCGCUCGUUGGGCUGCGGUCACCGGUCAAAAGCAAAAAAAUGAAAUUCUCGAACUGUACAAGCGCGCAAAGACGCACUACGGAUCGAGAGAAAAGGCUCACUUUCACCUCGCGAGGUAUUUGGACGAGCUACUCAAAGAUGCACAAAGGAGAGAAGCGGUAUUGGCGAUGAGUGGGAUUGGCAGCGUUUCGGCCGCCCAGAAUUUGAACACGUCCUCGCGAAGUCGACGAGCGAAUAAUCAGGGUGGCGGUCGCGCAGGUUCAAACGCUCUCGCGAAUAGUAGAGAAGUGACCUCCAGUUACGAUUUGAUCACGGAAGCUGCGAAAGCUUACGGAGCAUCCGCAAAAAAUGGACAUCGCCACGUGUAUGCCUCCAUACCGAGAAUGUUGACGUUAUGGUUCGAUGCCGGAGACAACUACGAGAGAAUGCACGCAACUUAUACUUCGACAACGUCUGCAACGACGCAGCAUCAGAUGCAGAAGGAACUUCAGCGCGCCAAGAAGUGUUGUGAAGACAUUACGCUCAUCGUCAAGACUUACAGCAACGCGUUUCCUUUGUAUAAAUGGCUCGUCGCUUUACCGCAGCUCACCUCUCGCUUGACCCACAAAAAUGAAGACGUGUUACACGUCGUCCAGACGUUAGUUUCGCGACUGUUCCGCGCGUACUCGGAUCAAACGUUGUGGCAACUCGCACCAAUGUUGCGUUCGCGUGAUGAUUAUCGGAAACGAUCUGCUUUACAAGUAUUACAAAAAGCGAUUCGCGAAGAGAGCAGCCAUCGCGAGCAAAUCGCCGCUUUUCAAGCUAUGGGCGACCACCUCGUCAAGCUGUGCGCGUUUCAACCGAAAGCACCGACAGAGCCUAGACAACGUCAAGCGAAGAGUUUUUCGCUUGAGAAAGAAUUCCCGGGUUUAUGUGCAAUGUUACCGUCGCAAAUUAUGAUUCCAAUUCAAUUAUCCUUGACGGCGGCGCUCCCGCCGAAAGAUUCAAAUCCUACGGACCAUACACCGUUUCCUGCCGCAACGCCAAGUUUUUACGGUUUCGUCGACGACGUGCAACUGUUGCAAUCUUUGCAAAAGCCGAAAAAACUAACCGUCAUCGGUGACGAUGGUUUGGAAUACUCCUUUUUGUGUAAACCAAAGGACGAUUUGCGAAAAGAUUUAAGAAUGAUGGAAUUUUGUGCGGUUCUGAACCGUUUGUUAUCUCGCGACGAACAAAGUCGCAAGAGACGAUUAUAUUUGCGCACUUUCUCCGUUAUUCCAUUGUCUGAGGACUGUGGUAUCAUCGAAUGGGUCCCGAACACGACCGGUUUGCGUCACGUGAUGCAAAACUUAUACGUUCGCGAAGGUAUAUUCGGACGUCACACGCACAACGACAUCAAAGAAAUCUACGAAAGGUGGAAAGGACGAUCGCCACUCGGGUACGGGAAGGAGGUGUUACAAAAAUUCCCACCCGUUUUCCACAAAUGGUUCCUUGACACUUGGAAAGAUCCAUCGAAGUGGUUCGCCGCUCGCAAGGCAUUUGCGCACACAUCUGCGGUCUGGUCGAUGGUCGGCCACAUCGUCGGUUUGGGAGAUCGGCACGCGGAAAACGUCUUGUUGGAUGCGACAACUGGUGAUUGUGUCCACGUGGACUUUUCGUGUUUGUUCGACAAAGGUUUAGAGUUGGAAACGCCGGAAGUUGUUCCUUUUCGAUUGACGCAAAACAUGAUUGAUGGUUUAGGCGUUGGAGGCUACGAAGGCGCCUUUGAACGCGUCUGUGAAAUUACUUUAGACGUGUUACGAAAUCAUCGCGAGGCGUUGAUGUCUGUGUUAGAAACGUUCGUACAUGAUCCACUCGUUGAGUGGACUCGCGGGAAGAGUAGCAGUAACCAAAGUAAUACGAAUGUGGUUUCGCAACGAAAAGCGAAAGAGGCUCUGGAAAAUAUCGGGGCGAGAUUAGAAGGCGUCGUCGUUGGUGUCGGCGCGGCGCCGAGUUUACCUUUGAGCACGAGCGGUCAAGUCCGGCGUUUGAUCGAGGAAGCUACGAGUCUCGUCAAUUUAGCUUCUAUGUAUAUCUGGUGGAUGUGCUUCUUCUGA